CUUUGGGGCAUAUUUCUUUUGGAGACAGUUCUGGAUUUCUGGGCAGUUCAUCAAAAAGAACAAAGUUCUUUCUCAGAAUCUUUCCUCCCCACAGUCUGUAUUAUGAGCUAGUACUGGGAUCCAGUUGGAGAUAAUCCUGUUUCCCGGGUGUGGCCAAGGGAUACAGUACUGGAGCUAGUCAGCUGGGGCAUGAGAGGAAGGCUGGCAGUGAGAGGGCAGUGCCUAUGUCCAGAACAGAGCUCUUCAUGUUUUUGUGGCUCUCCUCAUGGCUCCCUGUGAGCCUCCCCACGCUGUGGCUGUGGGCAGUUUCCCUGAUCCUGACCCUGGGCUUGCUGCAACUGACCCGGCUCCUGACUAAAAGGCAGAAGCUCUUCCAAGCCCUGAAGAGCUUUCCUGAGCCUCCCACCCACUGGCUCUUUGGGCAUGCCAUGGAGAUCAAGAAGGAAGGAGAAUUGGACAAGGUUCUGUCAUGGGCUAACAUCUACCCUUGUGCACACCAGCUGUGGAUGGGAGGUUUUAUUGGUUUUCUGAACAUCUAUGACCCUGACUACACCAAGGCUGUGUUCAGUCGAGGAGAUCCCAAGGCCUUCGAUGUAUAUGGUUUCUUUUUACCAUGGAUUGGGAAGGGACUAUUGGUUUUGGAUGGGCCCAAGUGGUUUCAGCACCGGAAACUGCUCACCCCUGAAUUUCACUCAGAGGUCCUGAGGCCCUAUGUGGACCUGUUUGCUGAGUCCACCAAAGCUAUGCUGAACAAAUGGGAAAAGAAGAUUCAGACUGACAAAUGUGUGAACAUCUUCCCAGAUGUGGGUCACAUGACUCUGGAUAGUCUCACUAAAUGUAUCUUUGGAAGGAGCAGUAAGACCCAGACACAGAGUGACAUCGGAUACUUUCAGGCCAUCGGGCAGCUCACCUUGUUGAUGCAACAGCGAUUGGCAAACUUCCAUUAUCACAAUGACUUGUUCUACUAUUGGCUCACACUUCAUGGCCGAAAGUUCCUUCAGGCCUGCAAGGUGGCUCAUGACUACACUGACAAGGUGAUUAGGACCAGAAAAGCUGCUCUGAAGGAGGAAGAGGAGCAGAAAAAGAUUCAAAGAAAGAAACGCCUGGAUUUCCUGGACAUUCUUCUUGGAGUUGGAGUGAAUCUGGGGGUUUCUAUGGGAUUCGAUUCAGGGAAAGCCAGCGUGGAUCUUGAAAGUCCUGUUCCACUCUCCUUGUUCCAAUUAGUGUCUCCUCUCUCUCUCCUAAUUCUGCUGCUGUUCUUGUGCAUUUGCUCUUCAUCACAUAGAAAGGGAGACCAGUGGAGAAAAGAGACUGCUUACCCAGAACUUCCUGGGGGAACCAGGGAGGGACAGGAUGAGAACAAGAUUAAGUUGUCAGAUGCAGACUUACGGGCUGAAGUGGACACGUUCAUAUUUGAGGGUCAUGACACUACCACUUCUGCCAUCUCCUGGUUCCUGUACUGCAUAUCCCUCCACCCAGAGCACCAGCAGCGAUGCCGGGAGGAGGUCCAGGAGAUCUUAGGAAAUCGUAACACCAUCCAAUGGGAAGACCUAGGGAAAAUGACCUACCUUACUUUGUGCAUCAAAGAGAGUUUCCGCCUAUAUCCCCCAGUGCCCCAGAUAUACCGCCAGCUCAACAAGCCCAUUACUUUCAUGGAUGGGAAGUCACUGCCUGAAGGUAGCCUGGUCUCUCUCCACAUUUAUGCACUCCACAGGAACCCAGCUGUGUGGGACAAGCCCGAGGUGUUUGACCCCCAAUGCUUCUCUCCAGAGAAUUCCUCCACUCGUCACCCUUAUGCAUUCAUGCCCUUCUCAGCUGGGCCCAGGAACUGUAUCGGGCAACAGUUUGCCAUGAUGGAAGUGAAGGCCGUCACAGCCCUCUGCCUCCUUCACUUUGAGUUUUCUCCAGAGCCCUCGAGGCUGCCCAUCAAACGGCUUCAGCUCAUCUUGGGUGCUAAGGAUGGCAUCUACCUUAAUUUGAAGAAGCUGAUGUAGGAAGGAGCUGAGUCUGGCUGCUUGUGUGUGGCUGGGAAUGGGAGUGGACAGCGGCGGUGGUGCUGAAUCCUAUUUGCUGAUGCGAUCUUAACAUGGUCUUGGUGCCCCGGGGAACUAGGUCCCAGGAUGUUGAUUUCUGUCUCUACUUGGACACACACACACACACACUCUCUCUAUAUAUAUAUGCAAGAAAUAUCUUUUAAUAAUAUAAAAAUAUAUCAUCUUCAAGAUUGCAUUAGUUUGCAAGAGCUCUUUAAGGUUUAUAAUUUAAGAUCUUUAUUUUACAGGGGAGGAAAGUGAGGUGCUGAGUUACCUGGCCUUCCUUCUAAGCCUGGUUCAUGUGCUACCCCCUACAGGAAGCCUGGCCCAAUCUCCUUAACUAUUAGCACUUAUCCUCUCUUGAUUUAUAUUGUAUGCUAUUUUCUACACUUAGCAGUUACUUAGUGACAUUUUGUAUUCCCUAAAGAAUGGAAACUCUUUGAAGGCAGGGCCUGAUUCAGUUUUGUCUUUGUACUCCCAAUGCCUUUUUCACACAAGAGAGAACACCCAUAAGUUUUUGAAGUAACUUGGAAAGGGAACAGUGUGGACAAAAGCGGAGAGGUUGGAGAGCAGUGGGUGUUUGCAGGAUGCAGAGAGUUUAGUUUGGCUGGAGCUUGGAGAACAUGAUCUGUCUAUGUGAGGCUGCUUUUGGGAGAAGGAAUAAUAGUAAUAAAAUAGCUAAAUUUGUAUAUCCUUUUGACAUUUGCAAAGUGUUUUAUGUAUAUUAUUUUACCUGAGCCUUGAAACAACACUGUAAUAUAAGUGGUGUUGAUAGCUCUAUUUUACAGAUAAGGAAACUGAGGUUGAAAGAGAUUAAAGGCCUGGACCAGGACCACAAGAUAACAAUGUGAGAGGGGAUAUUUGAACCCAGGGCUUCCUGAUGCCUUGGAGCAGCUAGUUGGUGAAAUGGAUAAAGGGCUGGACAUGGAGCCUUGAAUUCAAAUCCAGCCUCAGAUUCUUACUUGUUGUGUCAU